UCCUCGGGGCUGUUUGAGGGAGUUUUGGAAACUUCGUCCGGCACUGCGCACCAUGUGAGGCUGACUGUAACCCGAAGCAACUCGGAAAUCGACUCAUGUCUCACAAUAACAGAGCAGGCGUUCGCUGCUCAGAAAGUAAACAGAGCUGAAGGACUGCACCAUGCCGUCUCCGGGAGUCUGGCAGGCAUCACUGCGCACAGCGAGACGCAGGCUUGGGGUAACCGCGCCAGUCUCUCUUCUCUUCCUCGCUAUCCAGGUGUCGGCUUUACCGUAUGAAUACAAGUUCAUCAAUGACAACUGCCCGGGCGCCGAGUGGAACAUCAUGUGCCGGGGCUGCUGUGAGUAUGACCAGAUCCGCUGCAAGUGCCCCAGCCAGGGGGAGGUAGUGGGCUACGCCGUGCCGUGCUGCAGGAACGAGGACAACGAAUGUGAUCCCUGCAUAUUCCACCCAGGCUGCAGUAUUUUUGAGAAUUGUAAACGCUGCCACAAUGGGACCUGGGGGGUGAGAGAUGACUUCUUCAUCAAAGGAAAGUACUGCACUGAGUGCCGGAGGGGCUGGUCUGGAGGCGAUUGCAUGAAAUGUGGAGGAGUUAUCAAUUUGCCAAGAGGUCACAUCACCUUAGAAGGUUACCCCAACAAUGCACACUGUGAGUGGACAAUACAAGUCAGCCCGGACUUUAACAUUGAAUUAAGGUUUCUAAUGCUCAGCCUGGAGUUCGACUACAGCUGUCGCUAUGACUAUGUGGAAGUGCGGGAUGGCGACAGUGUGGACUCGCGUGUGAUUGGGCGGUUCUGUGGGAACGAGAGACCUGCUCCCAUCAGGAGCUCUGGCAGCUCCCUUCACAUUCUCUUCGUCUCAGAUGGCUACAAAAGCUUUGAUGGGUUUUUUGCCACUUUUGAAGAGAGCUCAGCCUGCAGCUCCUCCCCUUGUCUCCAUGAUGGCACCUGCCUCCUGGACACAACUGACUCGUAUCGAUGUGCCUGUUUGGGUGGCUACACUGGCAGACACUGUGAAAACAAACUGUCAGUGGUGAUGUGCAGGAGCCCCCUGGUGCCAGUCCAUGGAGCGAGGGAGGGCGAUGACCUUCGGUUUGGUGCGCACGUCACCUUUCGCUGUGACCCUGGCUUCACUUUAAAAGGCCCCCGCAAGGUCACCUGCCAGCUGGAUGGCACCUGGAGUGCCCCCUCACCUCAGUGUGUGCCUGAGGAGAAGCAGUGUGCCGAACCAGGGAAGCCCUCAAAUGGCAAUUAUCUGCUGGUCUACGGCCCAGGAGAUGUGCUAAUAGCUGUGCAAUAUUUCUGCAACAGUCGCUACACUCUGAGUGGCAACCCUCAACAAACAUGCCAGCCAAAUGGCACAUGGAGUGGCACACAGCCCAAGUGUGUCAAAGUGCCUGAGAAGAUACAGUGUGCUGAACCAGGAAGGCUCUACAAUGGCUACUACAUCCUAACAUCAGGCUCAGGGGACGCCCCUGACACUGUCAAGUUUUUCUGUAACAACUCCUAUGCCUUGAGUGGUAGUGCCCAGCGGACUUGUCAGCCAGAUGGCACAUGGAGUGGCAAGCAGCCCCAGUGUGUCAAAGCCUGUCGGGAGCCCAAGGUGUCUGACUUGGUGAGACAGAAGGUUCUGCCUCCUGCAACUCAAUCCAGGACGACUCCAGUACACAGGCUAUACUACUCUUCCUCUGCACUGGGGAAGCUCUACAAUGUGGUCUCCCCCACCAAGCCCCCUCCUGCCCCUGUGGAGCUGCCCCCUGGCUAUCACCACCUGCAUUCCCAGUUGCAGUACGAGUGUGCCUCCCCAUUCUACCAGCACACUGGCAGCGCCCGUCGCACAUGUCUGAAGACUGGCAAGUGGAGUGGGCGCCACGUGACCUGCCUGCCAGUUUGUGGCAAACUCCCGGCCUUCAAUGAGAAGAAGCUCUCUGAAACGCGCUGGCCCUGGCAUGUGGCUAUUUACCGGCGCACCGACGAGGCCUCGAAGAUCAAGCCAGAGAGCGAGGGCGCCUGGCAGCUCAUCUGCAGCGGGGCGCUGGUUAACCAGCGCAGUGUGGUUGUGGCCGCACACUGUGUGACCGACCUGGGCAAAGUGCAUGUGCUGAAGGCCGCCGACAUCAAGGUGGUAGUGGGCAAACACUACCGCAAUGAUGCCAAAGAGCCGAAGAGCCAGCAGCACCUGAGAGUCUCUGCUAUUCUUGUUCAUCCCAAUUACGAUCCACUGGUCCUGGACUCAGACAUGGCCAUGCUCAAGCUGCUGGACAAGGCCCAGAUCAACGAGAGGGUGCUGCCCAUCUGCCUGCCCAGUGCCCAGGGAGGAGAGAUCACAGCUCUGCAGGGCUACGUGAUGGGCUGGCCCAUCCUUCCUGAGCCCGGCACCCGUGACAACGAGACCACGCGUGUGGGGACCAUGGAGCUGGCCGAUGUGGUGUUGUGUGAAAGUCAGUAUGCCCAAAAUGGGCUGCUGGUCAGCAUCACCGACAACAUGUUCUGUGCUAGGGAGCACCCCCAGGGCUUCUCCAACAUUUGCCCCUCUGAAACAGGUGGCAUUGCAGUAUUGCCUUCUUCCUCUUCCGGCCUUGAAGGCCAAGGGGACUUCAGGGUGGUGUGGCGCCUUCUGGGGCUGGUGAGCUGGGGCUACGACCAAGCCUGCAGCCCCAGUCUCUACACAGUCUACACUCGAGCAGCCAACUUCAAAGACUGGAUAGAGAGGAACAUGAAGUAGGUCUUUUCUUUGGGUUUCGGCAAAAAGAAAACACUGGAUAUCUGCCUCCAUAGAUCUUCAAGACCAGCAAGUUCUCUUGUUGGGUAGAAAGCCUGUCUGAAGACUUCCAAUAUGUUGUAUAUUUCCUGCUUUUAUUUGAGUCAAAAGACUUCUUGUGUUAUAACUGGGGAAUGGGGGUUGGGUACCACAGCGAAAAUCCCACUGUGUUGGACUGACAAACACUUCUGGGAAAUUACAUGUCAGUUUCAGGGAAUUUUGUCUUCACUCUGUUCCUCUGUUUUACAAAAAA